UUUUAUAAUUGUUUAUAAUAAACUAAAUAUGAAGAAUAUUAGUUUAUAUAAAGUCAACAAAGAAUAUAUAGGCUUUGACAAUGCAUUAGAUGUUAUUAAUAUUGCUGACAAACUAUAUGUUUUAAAAGAUGAGCAAGUGUGGUGCUACAUGAAACUGGAGAAAACUAAUAUUAAACUUGGAAAAUGCACUAAUAUAGUCACAUCUUUUCAUCAUUUAACAAUUGAUGAAGCAGUUUAUUUUAGUACCUCUCAAUCAGUAGUAUUUAUAAAUACAAAUAAUGAUGAAAUUUCUAUGUUUGAUUUUGAGACAGUAAUAACUUCAACAGCAUGGAAUCCUUCUCAAGACAUCUUAACUAUUGUGUUUGAAGAUGGUAAUAUUGGCUUGUUUACGUUUAAUUUAAAGGAAAAGACUUUUGACAUAAAAGAAUCUUCAAAUUUAAGUUUUGUAUGUCCAGAAACAAUUACAAUUGGUUGGGGCUCUACUAAAACCCAAUUUAGAGGCCCACUAAAGAAAAGGACAGAUGAUGUACUAACAUUAAUUUCAAAUGUUUUAAUAAAUGACGAAAAGGAGAUAGAGCCUGUUUCCAAACAUGACAAUAAAAGGCCUGUUAUUACUUGGAGAUCAGAUGGAGAAAUGUUUUGUGUGAAUUUUUGGAAUAAUGAUAGACGAAUCAUUAAAUUCUUCAAUAGUGAAUGCCAACCAAUGUUUGAAAACAGUGGUGUGAAUGGUUUACAACCAAUUUUAGCUUGGCGACCAUUUGGUGCUGGAAUAGCAUCUAUAUCAGUUAUUAAAAAUAAUAGUUUUCUUGUAUUAUUUGAGAAAAAUGCGACAGUGAGGCAUGAGUUUCAACUCGAACAUUCGUUUUAUGUAAAAGAUUUAAAGUGGGACCAAACAGGAAAUUUACUCUCUGCUUAUCUAGACAUACCAGAAGAAAAUUCUUCACAAAUACGAAUUUAUAUGAUAAAAAACAAUCAUCUCUAUUUGAAACAAACUUUAGCAUUCAACACUUCAAAUAUAAUUAAUUUUCAAUGGUAUGAAGGCACAUCAUUUAAAUAUGCAUUAUCUGUGACUGUCCCCAAUUAUUAUUUAAAGUACCAGUUUAAGCUGAUUGUUAAUAAAAUGUAUGUAAAUGAUAGUAACUGCACAAUUACGGGUGUUGUCGAUGGACAUAUUCUACAUUUGUGUCGAUACACACAAUCUGACUGUUCUUCAUACAAAGACAUAAACUCACAAGAACCGAUUAAUUGUAUAAUAUUUUAUGAAAGUAGCAGGUAUUUAUUAAUUUUUGGAAUUCACAACUUGUACUUAUAUAAGUACGAAGACAUACAAGAAAAUUCAAAUCUUAUAGGUAAAAUUAGCUUAAUUUCGGAUAAAUCGUUUCUUAACUUUUUUAAUUUUACUACUCCUUACAAUACAUAUAAAUGUAUAUUUAAUGGAAUUACUACCGAUACUACAGACGACGUUAAAAAGUUUGAGAUCAACUUUUUAAACUUCAACACGAAAAAAUUAUCGGAGAUAGCUGAUCUUCAAACAGAAAUUACUGACGAUAUUGAAUUGCAAGAAAAUGCAAAAGAAGUUUAUUCUGAACUGAUAAAAACCGAUAAAAGCACUUUUAAAUUAAUUAUGGACGAGUAUAGGAGCGUUUAUUUAAAUUCUAAACUGAUGUGGAACAAUAUAACGUCAUACACGAUUCAUCAGAAUUAUUUGUUUCUUACUACAAAAGAUACAUUGAUAGGAAUUCGUUUAAAUACUUUGGAUGAUUUCUAUCUAGAGAAAGUAACAAUUCCAUAUACAAGAACAAUUGAGAUGGGAUCGUCUCUUAUUUGUGGAAUGGGCUCUACUUCAAAUUUAAUUUUACAAGCUCCCCGUGGCAAUAUUGAAAUUAUAUCAUGUCUUCUUAUAAAUAUAGAUAACAUUGAUAAUUUCCUUAGAAAUAAUAACUGGCAGGAAGCUUGGGAUACAGUUCGGCUUUUAAAAUUAAACUCAAAUUUGUUAUUUGAUUUAAACCCAGAAAGAUUUUUGAAAAAUAUCCAGAGUUUCAUUGAAGCAUGCGUGUUAAACGUAUUCCUGUCAGAAUUAGAAGAAGAUAACGUCCUUACAAAAGUCUACACUACAUCUGGUUUCAAAUUAGAAAAGUUUAGUAAGAAAGUUGAAACAGUUUGUUCAGCAAUAAUAGAUUUUUUAGUAACAAAUAAUUAUGUGGAAUCCUUAACUAGCAUAGUGCAUGCCUGUCUUGUUAUGAGAAAUUCGUCAGUUGCUCCCAUAAAAGAAGCUUUAAAGCAUGUACAAAUACUUUUCCGGUAUAACACACAAAACGAAACGUUUAAAAAAUCCAUUGAAGACGCAAUUAAAUUUAUGUUAAAAUAUGUCCAUAUAAAUGAUGCCUAUCAUGCAGCACUUUCACUUUAUGAUUUAGAAUUAGCUAUUUUAAUAGCCAGACACUCAGAGAUGGAUCCGAAAGAGUACAUUUAUUUUAUUACAAAAUUAAAAGGCAUGUCAGAAAUGGAGAGGAAAUUUACUAUUAAUGAUCAUUUGGGAAAUUACCGUAUGGCAAUACUUUAUUUAUACGAAGAAUUUGUAAAUAAUGGAUGUAAAAGAGUUGUAGAGUAUAUGAACAAACAUAAUUUACAAAAAACACUUUACGAUAACAUUUCUGAAAAAUCUUCAAUUUACGUAGACGUAGUCGAGUCAUACGCUGAUAAACUAAUUUCACAGAAAUUGUAUGACGAGGCAGGAUUAAUUUUAGAAAAAGCAAACCUUUAUGAUAGAGCAUUACAAAGUUAUAAAGAAGCAAAAAACUGGAAAAAGUCUGUAGAAAUUAUGAAAAAUUGUAAUAUUGAUGAAAUAAGCUUUAAGAGAAAUAUUCGAGAAAUAGCAGAAAAUUUAAUUUCUGUUAAUCAAACAAUAGAUGCAAGUUAUCUAUAUGAAACUUAUUUACGAAAUUAUGAAACUGCCACUAAAUUCCUUAGUGAAAAACAUCAUUUUAGCCUUGCAUGUGAGAUGGCAAGAAAAUAUUCAAGAUUGGAUAUUAUAGAAACAACUAUUGUACCUCUUUUGAAAGAGUUUACUUCGAACAUGAAUACAGAACUGGAAAAACUGGAAGUUGACUAUACUAAAUACAAAGAACGUUUAUUUAAAAUUAGGAAGGAAAAAAUUGAGAGGCUUAAACAUGACCACGAAAACAAAGAUUUUGAAUAUCAAGAAAACUAUCAAACUAACAGAGGAAUUGAGGAUGAUUUGUACUCCCUUGCAGGAAGUACGACUUCAACAAAACAUGGAUCGUCAACUGCGUCAAACUUAUCAAGAAGUAGUGCUAGCUCUAGUCGUUCAAAACGUAAAGAACAAAGAAAGAAAGAAGAUUUACGUGAAGGUGGACAGUAUGAAGAUAUAGCUAUUAUGAAAACAUUGCAUGAUAAAAUAUCUGCUGUCUGUAAUUAUGGUUCAACUGUUCGUGAAGUAUGUAUGGUUUUAUUCGAAUUAAAUUUCGAAAGUGACGCUAGAAAGUUGCACAAUUCACUUUUUGAUUUACAAAAUAAAAUGAAAAACGAUAUUAAAGAAAUUUGGCCAGACAUUUUACUAAAACAGGAUGAUCUAAACUCGUACGAUGUUAAAGUAUUGCAGCAAAAUUUGUUUUCUUUAGGUAAUUAUAACUAUUAUUUUACAUUUGAUGAAUUAUUCAUUUGUAUACCGUUGUGUUUUGCAGAUGUAAUGUAUUGGAAGCCUCCCGUUAUAAAAACAGAUUGGGUAAUCCAUAUCUUACAGAAUUGUUAGAAAAUUGCAUAAUGUAAAGAUUUGUUUUAUAUCUGAAUAAACAGUUAUUUCGA